UUCAAAGUAAGCGUCUGCUACAUAAUGUUACAGACUGACAGAUGGAAAAUAAAAACUGUAGAUUUUAGCAGAUUUGUCCGGUUAAACUGAAUAAAGAAGAACGAAACAUUACUUGAAAAGUUUUUAAGUUUCUUUAGGCUCUUCAAGAUUACUUAAAGAGAAGUUCGUUUUAAAAUUAACGGUAUCUACGAUGGACACCGACGACGAAUUCUGCUUGAAAUGGAACAAUCACCAUAGCACUUUCAUGACUGUGCUUCACAGUCUGUUGAAGAAAGAAAUAUUGGUUGAUGUAACUUUGGCUGCUGAAGGCCAAUUCAUUGAAGCACAUAAACUUGUGCUUAGUACCUGUUCAGAGUACUUCCAGGAUGCCUUGCAAAUUCAUGAUAAUAAGCAUGCUUAUAUUUUCUUGAAUAAUGUUGCUUUUGAUGACCUUAAAGCGCUGAUAGAAUACAUGUAUUUAGGAGAAGUCAAUGUGUCACAAGAACAACUUCCACGAUUUUUAGCUUCUGCCGAAGCUCUUAAGAUAAAAGGUUUGUCAGAGAAGGGUGAAACACCGUCUGAAAAUUUGGAGCAAUUCAUACCUAUUCAAGCCAGAGUUAAAAGUAUUUCUGGGAAAAUUGGGAAAAGUACUAACCGCCAGACAAACACUACUUUAGCAUCAGCUCCGAGACAAAUACGCCAAUCGUCGCAGCAGCAACUUAUACCUUCUAGCUCUAGUCACCCAAUAACAACACAUCCACAAGCUGGCCAAUCCAAUAAAAAUUAUCAAACCUCUUCGGAGUUGAUUCCCGAUAAUGAAGUGACCCCUGAGGUGAAUUUUGUGUCCGUCAACUCCCAUGGUGACGAGAUUGAUAUUGGUCAAAAUGAAGAAAAUGGACUAGGAACUUUGAGCAAAGUUUGGUCCUUAAAUGAGGACAACAAUGAAGUAGAUUGGGAAAAUACUGAGGCUAUUUUGGGUAGCAAUCCGGAAUGUCGCGGUACCCAAGAAGAACGUUAUGUCUCUCCUUCAGAAUCCGACAACACCGAAUAUCGACAGUACGCUGAACCCAACGUUACUCCUUCUACCGUUGGAGAUGUGAUGCCCUCUCCUUCAUCCUCAUCAUCCACUCAUGGCAAAAACAAAUGGGCCUCAACCUCGGGAGCUAACGCAAAUUAUUCUGGUCCUGUUAGAGGCAAGCCAAUCGGAAGUAACAACAGCGGCGGAGGGGAUACUUGGCGGAAAACAAUGGCGAAAAACAAACAAUUGGGUAAACCAGCGCGUUUCUCGUCGAGCGGUUUUCGCAAAGGCAACAACAGCGCGACAGUCGACUGCCUAUCGACCCUAACGUGUCCAAACUGCGGCCGUGGUUAUUCACAGAAAGGUUCACUCAACCGUCACCUCAAGUUCGAAUGUGGUAUUAUUCCUAAAUUCCCAUGUCAGCUCUGUCCGAUGCGCUUCCGACGAGCUUACAAACUCACCGAGCACCAUAAUCGCGUUCAUCUCGGAAAGUCGAAUGCAUAGGAGGAACCGGUCGCAUAAGAUUGCAACUUCACCGCGAAACGAUUGACGGAACAAUACCCUUACUUACUAUAAACAUUAGACUAAUUUAUCUCUUGCUAAUCAAAUAUUCGAAUAGUUUUAUUUAUCUUAUCGACACGGAAGGAUUUAGAACACGUUCCCCGAUAAAUUUGGUUACACAUUUACUCCCGAACAAUUUUCCCGACGCUAUACAUUUUUGUCUGAUUUAUUCCUUUUUUAUUUUUUUGUCUCGCUAUUUUUCUGUCGUUACCUUUCUUGUCGGAUUCAGGCAAACACUGUUCCCUGCGUCUUGUUUGAGUUCGAUGAGUGGUUUGCUUUAUGGCUCAUUCUACCAAUUCAAUCUGACGUGUUGCGAGGUAUAUUGAAGUGAAAGAUGAGCAACUCUUGGGGCGCGGGGAAGGGGGGAUAAGGCUUAUUGGAUAUUUUUUUUCCUCGAUUGUUUGAUUUGUGUGUAGCGUACGGAGGAAAUGAAGAACGGAAGUUGAAGAUUGCACGUUACGUUUGACUAUAGAAGAAUGAAUGUUCUUGUGUGCGCUGUGUUGUCCUGAUUUCAUUGGAAGCGAAAAAUCAAUUUUGUUUCACUACAUGAAACUUAAUGCGUGACAAAUGUAUAUCUAUAUCUGGGAUUGUGGAAUAUUAUAGCCAUGGAAACUCA